GUGCUCAAAAUGAAAAGAAGUGCUUUCAUUGUAAUUUUCUCGUCUGAAAAAAUGAAAAAUUGUGACCAUAAGAAGUCAUUAAAUACGCGUAGUUGAAAUCUGCCCGCAAACUCAUCACUUUGGCCACCAAUAAAUGUUUUUGGACAUUCAUAAUCCUAAUUUAGAAGCUUUGAAAUCAAAUGAACUCAGUCAGAAAAAUUUUGACGAAUAAUUGAUUUUGACUCUUAGGUACCCUCUGUCUUUGAAUGGCUGUACGUCCAUCUCUUUCAGGGUUAGGGAAAUUAUUCAAAUGCCAUGUGAUGGUAAAUUUGGCGUAAAUCAACAUUAAUCGACCUCAUUUUUGCUCUUGGAUCAAUAUUUUUGUGGAGAUACGAGUUGAGCUAAAAAUGGAAUUUUAGGUGAAUUUUACUGGACUUUCAGUGCAAACGAUACAAACAUUAGAGAUGUUCAAGCUAUUUUUUGAAAUUAUGGAAAAAACUGCUGAAGUGUAAUGUCAAUAUGUUGGAUUUUUGGCUUUUUCGAGGAAUUGGUUGAACGUGAUGAUAGAAAAAAUUCACUGGCGUGAAAGUUGUUAUUUCACUUUGUAAAAACGUGUUUAUCUGAAUUUUAUUUUAUUUAGGUAUUUAUUUUAAUUUGGUUGUAUGGUUACUAUUAGGCGACUUGGCCAAAAAUGAAUUUAAAUAUCGUAGUUCACGUUUGAAUUAUUUGUAUGUGAUAAAAAGGUAUGGGUGAAUUGAAUAUGGCAUCUGUUUACUUUGAGGCUGUAAAAAUUUCCAACAUGAUCAAAGGUCAUAAUUUUUGAUUAUGAUUAUUAAAAUGUUAGGUACGUCUUUAUAGAUAAGUGUAAAGUAAUAGGUAGUAAAAGUUUUAUCACCUAAAUUGAUUGUUGUGACCUUGUGGUAUAGUAUAGGUCUGGGUAGGUAGUUCGUGUUAUUUUAUGAGUAAAAGCAGUGGAAUAAAUUUGAAAAUUAUGUACUAUUUUCGGUGUAAUUUGAUAUGACAAACCACAUGUGAGGUUCUUUGAAAUUAAAUAAAAAGUAUCAAAAUGAAAACAUCAGAUUUUCGAUUUUCAUUGUUCUUGCUGGUUGUGGUUGUUAACGUUCCACUUAGUUAUGGAGCGAAAAUCUUGGGAAUAUUUCCCUUUCCUUUCAGGAGUCAUUUCGCCAGUACCACCUCUGUAAUGAAAAGUUUGGCAGAUGCAGGACACGAGGUCACUAUGGUUUCACCAUUCGCUAGUGAACUUUCGAAGGGGAACUACAGUUCGAUAAUCGAUUUAUCAGAUUCUCUACCCAUUCAGGUAGGAUCAGCAACAUAUAAUCAGCACAGCAACAAUGGAGCCCUCGAAGUAAAUCGUGUCGCGCUCCAUCACGAGAAAAGUGUUUGCAAUAAGAUGAUGGAUUCUAAAAAAUUCCAGGAAUUAUUUUUUUCCGAACAAUCUUACGAUGUAGUAUUUGUCGAAAUUUUCACUGUCUACAAGUGCUACCUUCCUCUAGCGAAAAAAUUAAACGUCCCUGUGAUUGGUGUAGUUACCACGAGGUCGUGGGGGAUUGCAGACUUGGCUAUUCAAAAUCCUCAUCAUCCAGCUGACGUACCUUUCGAUGAAAUUUUACAUUGGAAAUUUGAUGAGUUCUACUAUCGCCUUUAUAAUUUAUGGUGUUACGCGGUUGUAAGGUAUUUUUGGAGAUUCGAUGUGGUGCCUGUUUUGGAAAAGUUUCAACAAGAUUAUGCUGAGAAAUUGGCUCCAUACGAAGGAUAUUUAGAUAUCGAACCGGUGUUGAUUUUUUCCAAUGGUCAUCAUAGCAUUUUACCCAGAGCGAGUAAUCCGAAUGUUAUCGAAGUUGGUGGAAUACAAAUUGGGCCUGCUAAAACAUUGCCUGAGUUUUCACUGCUACUCCCGCUUAUGGUCGGAGGCGUUACAUUCAGCUAUGGCGCUAAAAUCUUGGGGAUAUUUCCUUUACCCUUCAAGAGUCACUUUGCUACCACUAGUGCUGUAAUGAAAAGCUUAGUAGAUGUUGGACACGAAGUUACUAUGGUUUCCCCAUUCCCGAGUGAACUUUCAAAGGAAAACUACAGUUCGAUAAUUGAUUUAUCAAAUUCUUUACUCGACAACGUAGGCUCAGGAUCCUAUAACGAAUACAGUAAAACAGGAACCUACGAGUUGUUUCGCUUAGCCUUUCAACCCGAGAAAAACGUUUGCGAUGAAGUUUUUAAUUCUAAAGCUUUUCAGGAAUUACUUUUUUCGAAAAAAUCAUUCGAUGUGGUAUUCGUCGAGGUGUUCGUAUUCUACAAAUGUUAUUUUCCUAUAGCGAAAAAAUUAAACGUCCCCGUGAUUGGUGUAGUUACCUUGAGGUCUUGGAACAUCGCAGACUUGGCUAUUCAAAAUACCCGCCAUCUGGCUGACGUACCGCAUGAAGGAAUUUCACGUUGGCGAUUUGAUGAUUUUUACUAUCGUCUGUAUAACUUUUGGUCUACCGCAGUUUUGAGGUAUUUUUGGACGUUCGAUGUGGUCCAAGCCUUGAAGAAGUUUCAUCGCGAUAACGCGGACAAAUUGAAGCUUUAUGAAGGAUAUUUGGAUAUCGAGCCGGUACUGAUUUUUUGCAAUGGACAUCAUAGCAUAUUACCCAAAGCGAAUAAUCCAAAUGUUAUCGAAAUUGGUGGAAUACAAGUCAAACCCUCUAAACCACUGCCCCAGAAAAUUCAGAAAUUUAUCGACGAAGCUGAUCACGGGGUUAUUUUGUUCACUUUUGGAUCUUUCGUGAAAGUGAGCUCGUUGCCAACAGAUGUGGUGAAUAUUUUCCUGGAAGUGUUUGCGAGUAUACCUCAAAGGGUACUGUGGAAAUUCGAAGCUCCCCUGAAAGAUGUACCUAAUAAUGUCAUGGUGAUGGAUUGGUUCCCUCAAAGGGAUAUUUUAGAACAUGCGAAUGUCAGGGCUUUCAUCAGCCAUUGUGGACAGAGUGGGAUGUACGAAGCUAUUUACACAGCCACUCCGAUCAUUUCUUGUCCAUUGAUGUUCGAUCAGCCAUCGAAUGCGGCCAUUUUAGAGGAUUUAGGAGUAGCUAUACAUCUAGAUAUCGAAUCCGUUACGAAAAAAUCGCUCUUGAGUGUUAUUAAUUUGAUAUUUAACGAUACCAAGUAUUAUGAUAAAAUGCAGAAGGUAUCGCAGGCUUUCAAGGACAGGCCACUGACUCCGCAACAAAGUGUCGUAUUUUGGACCGAAUAUGUCAUCAAAUACAAAGAUACCUUGAAUUUAAUGCCUCCCUCGGGAAAACUGAAUUGGUUUCAGUAUUAUUUGUUGGAUAUUAUUUCGCUAAUUAUUGGAACGAUUGGUCUCAUCUUGUAUUUGUGCAGCCUGUUUGUUAAAGCUUUAGUCAAGUUUCUCCAACAAAAGUCCACUAUUUCGAAAAAGAAAUCUGAUUGAAUAAAUUUGGAAAUUAUUAUAUAGAGAAUAAAAUUUGAAAAUCAA